UUCUACUUCGUACAUCUUCAAUCACUCGUUCUUCAGUUCACAAACCGUUCUCAAUCCAACAUAGUCAAUUGGAAUCGAAGACGUUUACUGCCUGAUUACCGAACCUUCUGGAGUUAUUAUUUACGAGAAUUCUCUCGUUGAAUAUUUUCCUCGUCCUUCAACCUAGUAUCUUGAACACCGCGUUCGCGUCCCUUGCGACGAAUUAUAAACACGCAUUUCUUCACCUCUCACCUCCUGUUAUUAGGAAUCGCGCGGAUCGACCUUGCCGUCUUGGUUGCUAAGUGUCUUUCCAACACAAUCUAUUCCUUCAAUUGACGCCGUUGUAUUCAUUAUUUCUCACCGUUUUGUCCUCAUUCGAAGCUCUUCCCGUUGGGCAAGGCGAAAGCCUUCUAGCUUCACGCGAUGGACUUGAAUACCCACCACCUUGGUGGAUGGGAGACGACGUCACAGAAUAUACCACAAAGUGCCGAUGAUGCUGGGCUUCAUGUGAAGCUUAUGGGACUCAAAGUCCAGUAUACAUUCGACACCGACUCCCAAGAGCGCUGUCUUGCUCGAUGGCCAGAGUUACUUUAUGUUAGGACGUACCCUAUAGACGACCAGACGAGAAUUGGAAUCGUCGAACUGAAGACUUGCCUACAGGCAAUUACCCAAUGUAGCCCUGAGCUACUUAGCGACAAUGAGAAGGAUUAUACGGUAUAUGUCUAUGACUAUUCAGAGCCCGAUAUCCCUUUGGUCGGGCAAGGCAUGCUUAGCUGGGCUUUCGGCCAAGAACCCAACUCGAAUCAGGUUCCCAGUCUCGUCACCGGACGAAUCUCGAGGAACCCGCUCGCGAUCGUAUCCAAUGGAAUUAGAGAUACGUUAGAGGUUAAGUUCAAGCUGACUCUUGUUGCGAAACCAACAAGAGCAAAUACCUCCCAACUUCAGCGAAUUAAUUCCGAAACUUCUUUAAUUCGCCGGACCGCCACCCCAACUCCUUCGGAGACUUCAGAGUGGCAUUCCUUCAGUCAAUACAACAUGAAUCCGAAUCAGCCUUCGGAUGCGCCAGUUGGGAUUACCUCUAUGGCUACCGCACCGAUUCAACCUAGCCAGCCAAAUCAUCAGGCUAGGCCGAGCAGCCAAGGCCUACUGCCAAUGUCCGAGCGCCGCACCGCUUCGAUUGAGCCGAAUCCAAGAGAACAUAGUCGAUCCUUUGCAAUGGGAAUUCCUGAUGCGCCAGUGAUAGCGCCAGCCCCCGUCAAGGGUGGUAAAGCUCCAUCGCGUCCCGCUUCUAGGGCAUCGAGCAAGCCUCCCUCAGGAAGACCUAGAGGACGACCGCGCAAGAAGCCGCUCCAAACCGAAGGCAGUACUUCCGGCAUCGAGGAUGCUACUGACGCCGAUGACGGCCCACCGCGAAGCAAGAAAAGAGCUACGACGACAAGGGUCGAACGUAACAACACCGCUACAUUCAGCGCUAUGCCAGAUUCGCUUCGGGUUGCCGCCAGCACAGCAGGAUCUAUUCGGAAUAUCCGACCAGUCUCCAUCGCGGGUGACGCACGUGCAGGCAAUCAUGUCCAAGAAGCCCCCAGAGCGCCGACCCCUGUCCCUAGAUCUCGUUUUCCUAACCUCCCGCAAGCACGACCCACGGCGUCGAGUAGUCUAAGACGUGAAUCGAUUCCAGGCACAGGGAUGGAUAUGUUUGCAAUGGCAUGUGGUCAAAAUGCACGAUCUCCUACCGAAUCUGCUGGGGUUUCGCCAAGUCAGAUGUAUUCCGACGAAGCCAGUCCGGCUGACAUAGGGUCGUCGCCGCCGGUUCCGCGGUCAUCAUUGUUUAGUACCCGAUCCAGUCCAGCGCCCUCAAGCCCGAUCUUGCCUCCUAUGCCAUCGGCGAGAGCACAGCCCGAUUCGGGCUUCAUGAGUGGAGGGCUCGACAGUCGAGUAGACGAGGAUACUGCUAAUAGGGCAGCUGCUGACAUGCUGCUAAAGGUUCCUAUGAUGGCGAAACCGAAGGCUCGUCGAAGCCGUGCAAAGAAGACGCCAGCCAUGGGUCAAAGUGACCUUGUUAUUCAUACAGAGACGCCUGGACCGCCCGAGCUACUUCCUCAAAAAUCGCUCUACAACCCACCCCAUCUAAUUCGGAAGAACAGCGAGACUGCUAAAACUCCGUUGGCUGCUAGACCUACUUUACCGGCUUUCCCCGAAGAACCAUCAGAACGAACAGAGUCAGAGAUGGUGGAGAAGCAGUCCGUGGAAAAGGCCGCACCUACAGAGGAAGAUACUGCGCAAGAGAAUGUGGCGAAUCUUGAAACAACGACACCGAUGGAUUUGGCAGACGAUCAGAGCCAGCAGCAGCCCGAGUCUUUCGACUAUGAUGGACAGCGUUCUGGAAUGCCUGCUGUCGUAGCGUCUGGUAAUGGCGUGCCGCCGACUAUGGAGCCAGUUACGACCGCGGCCAAUCUCAUGGAUCGGCCGACCGGUACAGAAUCUAGUCGUGUUACACCAGUCGAACCAGAGCUCCCGAUGGUGCCUGCUAGCGAUCCAGUUCGACCCCAGUCUAUGUUAACGAUGCCUCUCUCAGAGCCGGCUCACCCCCAAACCGACGCUAUGGAUCCUGCAGAUGGAAAGUCGAACAAGAACGUGGUGAAGAGACUGACAAUCAAGCAGAAGCUAGAGGAAGCCAUAGCUAAGGGUCAGCUUCCUUCAUUUUGCAACAAUUGCGGAGCUAUUCAGACACCUACUUGGCGAAAAAUCUGGAAGCAAGUGCAGGCCGGAGUGCCAGCAUACCACGAGUAUUCGGAGAAGCCUGGCUGUGUUACCGCGAUCACCAUUCUCUCUCGAGAUGCUUCUGACCAUCCGACUUCGUAUGAGAUUAUCAAGAAAUCUUUGGGUCCGACUGAUAAGAAGAGUGCAUGGACCGAGGUGCUUCUUUGCAAUCCAUGCGGAAUCUGGUUUAGCAAAUUUAAGCAGCAUAGACCAGCGGACAAGUGGGAGAAGGACAGCGAACGCCUAUCACAGACUCGUAAGAAGAGACCGAAUGGUGGUGGCCAGUCCCGCUCUAAGAAAGCUCGGACGAAGAGUGAUACUCAGACAAAUCUGACUUCUGAGGCUUGUUUGCCUACGGAUCCUCUUGGCCCAUUGGAUGGUCCUACACCUCUAGAAGACAUGGCUAUGGUACCAGCCAGUCAAGCACAGCACCAGGGAGAGAAGGCCGAGGAAACGAACCGACAGGGUUCAACACAUUCUAGAGCAUCUAGUCAUUCCCGAGGAAGCGGUACCUUCAAUAGCCCCAUCGCUGUAGAUGAUGAUCUGGGAGCCACCCGUCGAGUGCUUUUCCCAUCUCCACGAAAGGAAGGUGAACAGAGAGUUCUAGGUGAAGUUGCCGUCAAUAUCGUGCAGACUUCCCCGGAAUCUCUCGGUACUAAGGGUGAAAGCGGCAUAGAGAAGGAGAAUAACUUGGAGGCAGAACUGAGAGAAAUCUUCACUGAAAAAGAGUAUGCCGACAUAUUUGGUACUCCACCUCGACCCUCCACGCCGCCGCCCAAUGCCAACAGUGGUGGUCCCUUCAAGACCCCGACUCGCGCUACGCCGGGCCAUCGACCGGUCACUAGGAGUGUCACCAGGUCUAUGCGCUCUGUGGGGUCGCCUAGCCAGAUGCUAAUGAUUAGAGAGCAAACCCCUACUCGAACUCCUCGUUCUGGUGUGGCUAAGCGCCACUCGCCGGGCGACUUAAUGCCUUCUCAUUUAUUUGAAUUCGAACAAAUCGAACAAAUCGAACUAUUCGACACGCCUUUGUCGGCGGACUUUGACCAUUACUCGGAUGAUGAUCAGGACCUGCCGAAUCGUGGCUACCAAACAGAACUGGAUGCGAUUUUCAUGUCGCAGCCCAUGAAUUUCGAUCCCCUGUUCGGCCCAAUUGGUGGCGGUCCUCCUCCGCCUCCCAAACCGCGCAAACUCUUUCCUCACAAGAGCGACGAGGAGAAUCGACGGAUCGCGACCUAUUUCGCCAUGAUGGAAGCAGGCAGUAUUGACAUCCCUGAUGUGGAGAAGGGAAAGCCUGCGGACUAAGUCUACACGCACAUUUCGAGCUUUGCGCUAGUCCAUACGAUUGGGUGGUACGAUGGCGCCUAUUGGUGGUGUCUUUGGGAGUUGCAUCGCGCAUUUUGAGUUUUUUUCUACGCAUUUUUCCUAGGUUUUUCAC